UUCUGUCGCCAUAUGGUAGCAUCAAAAAAAUUUUUAAUGAAAAAUUCAUAGUCAAAAAUAUUUUUUAUACAUGGAUAUUAUUGGUACACACCUUUCAUAUAAAAGAACGAUGAUAUUAGGAUCAAGUAUCAUUGUCACAACAUAUCUUCCUUACAAAACAUCAUGAAGAUCUUGGUCUGUGCGUUAUUGUUGGUUGCUGCUACACUUGCCCAAGAUGCUGAACAGGAUCGUGCAAAUGUCGAGGAAGGUGUAAAACGAGUUCUAAUGGCGCAGUUAGUUUCAACAUUAAUGGGACUAACACCUUCUGACGGUAAUACUUUGGAUAUAUCUACAAUGAAAAACCUAGUUGAUCUUUUAGCGUCUAAAAAUUCCGCAUCGCCAUUGAUAACAAACAAUGACAUACAAAAUGAAGCAUCUGAAGUUGAUCAAAGUUCGUCUUCAGGAUCGAAUUUUGAUGAGAAUUCUUUUGCAGUUAAUUUUAAUGCUUUAGACGAUCCAAAAUAUAGUGCGAGGGCCCCUGUUUAUACCACUACUGCUAAACCUAUUCCAGAGUCUAACCCAGUUGAUAGAAACGAACCACAACCAGCUUCUGUUCCCGUAAACGAGCCUUUACAAGUUCCGGUUCAAAUAUCUUAUCUAACAGGAAAAGAUGGAUCUUUACCUUAUAAUAUCCUAGUAGGAUUGAAAGUACCUCUACCAUAUUACAAUAUAGAAUUAUCUGGAUCUAAUAGUGCACCAGUUCCGGUAUCUCCGGUACCAGCUAGAGAUCAAAUUCCAAUCGUUGAACAAGAUCCAGAAUCUUCCGAACCAGUUGUAAGGGAACAGCGAUAUGUACCUGACAGCCCUGUAUGGUUUAGACAACAAUUUCGACGAAGAAACUCGCCGUUUUUGAAUUUGUAUUAAACUUUUCAACAUUCGUAUUAUAUGAUACCUUAUGUAUAUAUUAUUUAUUAGCAGCAAUGCAUUAUUAAUA